UACAUAUAUAUGUCACAGUAAAAGUUGUUAGGCAAUAUAAGAUAUAAGUAAUCAUUAUGUUGUUGUUACACAGGCAAUAUAAGACGUAACUAAUAUUCAUUUACUCAUGAAUCAUCAAACUCUGAAGCUGACUGGAAACAGGUGGGUAACAACUUGUCAGGGGCCCACUGGCUCCCACAUGGCUUCAGCUUAGCCAGCGUCAGUCGGAGGAGGUGAUUCUCUGCCUUUCUCAGAAGAAAGGAUCUGACCUGAGGGAAACCAGACUCCUGAAAAUUUGAAUCAAUGGAAUUAUUUACGCUUGCAUCACCGGAAUCCGCUCUGAGAUGCCGAUUUUGCUGCAGAAAAGAUACUCUUGCUCCCCACCCCCUCCUUUCUUUUUGACAGUCAGUUAAUAAAGACUCAACAAUAAGCAGCUGCCAGUGAUGUCAUGUGGGACUUUGUCCACGGAGCUUGUAUUUACAAGCUCAGAGCAACCACGGAGCCGCAGCCGGAGGAGCAGCCGACUCUCGGCAAACUUGCUCUGAAUUCGCGGUAGCAACUUUUGCUGCUGCUUUGGCUGUUCAGGAAAACUGGCGUGUUCUCUGCCCCAGCCUUUUCAGGCUUCACAAAUAAACAGAGGAUCAACUCGGGAGGAAAUGUUUAACUGGAGAGAGUUGCAGUUCCUGUGUUUGUCUCCAGGGCUGUGAGAUGUGUUGACUGCAGAGCUGACGACAAUGACCCUGGCAACAGAAGGGGAAUUCUUAUAAAUCACAGAGGAAAAUAAAUCACUUCACCCAUGGAGGGAAAGAGACAGCUUGAGAAAAGGGACUUUGGAAAAAGGCUGUCUUUAGAUAGCAGUCUCGUGGAAUACAUGGACUCCAACAAAUACAUUGAACAUCUGUUAAAUCAACUUGAGGAGCAACACAGAAGUCUCUGGAGGGAGAAGUUGGCUGUGGCCCGACUGCAGAGAGAAGUUGCCCAGAGAAGAAGUGAGGGGGCCAUGCAUGAGAAGCUGAUACAUGAAUUGGAAGAGGAGAGACACUUGCGUCUUCAGAGUGAGAAGCGCUUGCAGGAGGUGACACUGGAGUCUGAGCGCAACAGAAUUCAGAUGCGCGGGCUGCAGCAGCAGUUCUCCAGGAUGGAAGAAACAGUACGAAAUCUACUACAGAGUCAAGGACCUCCGGAACAGAAAAAAGAAGAACCUGUUAAUAUAAUGGUCUAUCAGGAAAAACUGUCAGAAGAAGAGCGAAAACACAAGGCAGCUUUGGAAGGCCGUCACAUGGUGCUAGAUGAGGACUCAAGGAGUGAAGGGAGCAGUGCAGAUGAGGGGAAAGGCAAGACCAAAUGGCUGUUAGAAAGAUUGAAAGCGCUAGAGGCAGAGAAUUCAGCAUUGGCUUUGGAAAAUGAAAAUCAAAGGGAACAGUAUGAGAGAUGUCUUGAUGAGGUAGCCAACCAGGUUGUGCAAGCCCUGCUCACUCAAAAGGAUCUCAGGGAGGAAUGUGUAAAGUUGAAAACAAGAGUGUUUGAUUUGGAACAACAGAAUCGAACGCUAAGCAUCCUUUUCCAACAGCGAGUCAGACCAACUUCUGAUCUCCUCCUCCAGAAACUUCACUCACGCAUCUUAGAUCUUUCAUCCGGGGAUUUACUCUCAGAUGUGGAAGGAAGCCAGAGUCUGACGCACUCACGAACUGAUGUUGAAAUGCAUGGCUGCCAGCUGAACACAAAAGCAGGAACCCCUGCUUUGAAAUGCCCUGGCAUGGGGAUUGCCGUCUCUGGUCAUCUCUGCCCUCGAAGCAGCUACAGCAGCAGUGAGCUGUCUCUCUCCAGCACCUGCAGCGAGUAUUCCAGCGGCUCCUCCUACACGUGGCAUGAUGGAAAGACCCUCAGGAAAAGGCAGUCAUCACAAAAUUGGGACAAAAGGUUAAGUAUUGACUCUUCGCUCCCGAGUGGCUUUGCUAGUCCUACAGAUGAACUACCUCCGACUCGCAUCAAGGAAAGCCACAUUUUGGAAGGACUAAGAAAGCUCCAGAAGCGAAAAGUGUUACUUGAACCCCCAUCAGUGAUAACCAAAUGGGGUUAUAAAGAUUGCAUGAACUCCAAUGAAGGAAUCUAUUCUCCAGGAAUUAAAAGUAGCAGCCUGAAGGAAUAUCCACCCUGCAAACCCACAGACACAGGGAGCCCCUGCACGGAUCCCCACAAGGCAUUUGUUUAUGACACGGAUUCUCAUGAUGAGGCUGAUGAGGACGCUUCCUCCUUAGCCUCCGUCCAAGUGGUUCCAAACCAGGGCUGCAGGCUGCACAGUUGUAAAUUAACCCACAGUGUCUCUGACAGCCUCUUUGGCUGGGAGCUGAAUGGCAAACACUGUUCAGAAGUCACUUCCUCGGUCUACUCCAGGGAGAGGCCUGAGAAGUUGACCGGUUGUGCCAGCAACUGUCCUUUGGAGCAGAAGCUGUGCCCAGGUGUGCAGGGGCCUCGGGUACAGAGAGAGAAGGUCUCACCCAGCCAGGGCUGCCAGGCCCUCAGUCUUCAGCCCUCAGACACCGAUGACCCGGAGACCCUGGAUGAGCUGCACAUCGAGAGCAGUGAUGAGAAAAGCCCUUCAGAUGUGUCUGCAACCGCAGACACCGACCAGUCCACGGAGAACCUGGAUAUCCUCACAGGAUUUGAAAAACCUUCACGUGGGUCUCCCGAGGAGGAAGAAAACCAAGUACCCGUCCAUUUAGAGAGCAGGCCAAAGACGUUUAGUUUCAUUAAGCAACAGAGGGUUGUAAAACGGACUUCCUCAGAAGAAUGUAUUACUGUGAUAUUUGAUGCAGAAGACGGCGAGCCCAUUGAGUUCAGCUCUCACCAGACUGGCCUUGUUACUGUUACCAGAAAGGAGAUUUCCAUCCAUCAGGCCCCUGCUGGGCCCCAGAUGGAACACACUGAACUUUCACCUCAGGGAAUUGUUCAUUUACAGCCAGGGGCUGCAGCUAGAGACUACCCUUUUUUAAAGAGGUCUGAAGAGGAAACUGAAAGAAACAUUCCACAAGAUGAGGUAGAUGAUCCUGCCGUGACACCUGCUGUGUCUUUCCACCCCAGGACAGUGACGCAAAAUACUCAAAGACUGGCCAAACCGACACAUGUCACACCAUGCCAGAGUCAUUCUCGGCCAUCUGUGGGCACAGGCGUCUGUCAGAAGAAAAGUCUGACAAAAAUACCUACCAGGGGCAAGUCUUCACCUCAGAAAUCGAAAGUAAGGGAGCCUGAAGCCUCCCUUAUGAUGCCCUCAGCUGGCCCAGUGACUCUUGAGAAAUCACCAGCUCCAGGGAAACUUUCACAGUUCAAAAAGACUGAAGGUCCAGCUCCCCUUUUUGAUUUGCAGCCAGAUUCACACAUUCCGAAACCCCCCACCCAGCUUCCUCAUGGCUCCAAGAUGUCCAGCAGAAGGGAUUGGGUCCAGAGCUCCAAGAGUCAGAUGCUAGCAUCACAGUUGCUGUCCAGGCCCCCCACUGAGCGGAGUGACGAUGGGGAGCCCCCCACGAGGGAUAAACACUGUGAUCCAGGGCCAGAGGCCGGGGUGAAAUCGCCCUCCCCACCAUCCCCUCCAGGCAGGUCGGUCUCCCUACUCAUCAGGCCCAGUUAUGACUUUUUGCCACCACCUUCAUCUGCCAAAUCCGAAAGCAGGGUCUCCAACGAGACAGCAAGAAUGGUAUUGAAAUCGCCCCCUCUGAAAGGAUCCUCUGCUCCUGUUAUUUAUUUUAACCAGACCCUGACAGAUGUGCAGGGGAAGAAACCGUCUGUGGCCUUCAAAAAGCCCAUCUUCACUCCCUCACCACCCUCCGCAGAAACAGCAAUCCAGAUGAGAUGCCCUGCUCACAGCCCCUCCAGCUCAUUUGCUGUGAUGGUCCCGGAGCCCCCAAAAGUCUCUCCAAAGAGAAAUGUCCCCAGAGCCCCACCUCACCAAACACUUGGGACCACACAGAACAACACAGGGUUACAGACUCCCAAGAAUUAUGCUUCCUCCCGUGAGCCACUGGAAAUACCGUCCUCCAAAGGUGUGUCUCCAGGGAGAAAAGAAAAGUUGAAUGGCAGUGUCUCUGCAUCUUCCAAGCCUUCCUUCUUAGGGGUAAAUGAGUCACCAUCAUCUCAGGUUAACAGUCCCUUAUCAUCAGCAUCCUUCAAAAGCCAUAACCCCCUACAUGGUUGUCAAAACCUUCAUGAGAGAGGACUGAAAACUCGCCUCCCAGUUGGGCUCAAAGUUUUCAUGAAGUCUCCCCAGUUGCUCAGGAAAAGUUCCACAGUGCCAGGGAAACAGGAAAAAGACAGUCUAAAUGAAGCCUCGAAAACCUCCGUGGCUGUGAGCAAGGCUAAGCCAGGGGCCUCCAGAAAUCCAGCCAGCCUUGAGACCACAGGAGGGGAAAGAAAUACGUCUCCAGUGAGUUUACCAGCACAAGAGAGUUUGGCCGAAGGGCUUCCCCUGGAAAGAGCAAUGCCAGAGUCACUGGAAAAUAGCAUGCCUGGGGCUGAUAGAAAAGAUGGAGUAGAAAACAGGUCUGUGAAAAGAUCCCUGUCCUCCAGCAAACCACACCUGAAACCAGCUCUAGGCAUGAAUGGAGCCAAAGCCCGCAGCCAGAGUUUCAGUGCUCACUCAGGGGAAAAGCCCCCCACACCCCCCACAGAAGGGCUGGGCAAAGUCCGGACUCAAAUUAUUACCAACACCGCUGAGAGAGGCAAUUCCCUCACCCGGCAGAGCUCUUCCACCGAAGGCUCUCCCAGCAAGAGUGCGUCUGCCCCUGUGUCUGAUGGUCUCCCCAGCACUGGGAGGCCCCUGGGACAUCCUUCCCCCAGGCAGGGUUCCUUGGGGAGCACAGGCAGCUCCAGCAGUCAGCAUGGGAGCCCAAGCAAGUUGCCUUUGAGGAUCCCUCCAAAAUCCGAGGAGCCCCUCACCCCAGCUGGAACAGAAGAGCAGCAGGCCUAUGCCCAGGGAGAAGGCCCCAGGGUGACGGUACCUGAGGAACCAGGCAGCGACCACUGCAGGUGCCCACUCACCCCAACAGAUAGCUCAGGAGGCCCACAGAACCUGGGGAGGACGCCACAUCCCAGCAGUUUCACAGCAAGCAGGACCUCCAGGCUAGAAACUUCCGGAAGGUAUCCAGACACUUCUACAACCAGGGCCGGUGUCAUAAGCCCAGAAGCCCCGCUCUCACCCACAAUUGAAGAAAAGGUCAUGUUGUGCAUUCAGGAAAAUGUGGAAAAGGGCCAAGUGCAAACAAAGUCCACCUCUGUGGAAGCAAAACCGAAGCCGGGGCCUUCUUUUGCCAGCUGGUUCGGUUUUCGGAGGAGCAGACUCCCAGCUCUCAGUAGCAGGAAGAUGGAUGUCUCCAAAACCAAAGCAGAAAAGAAAGAUGCAAAAGGUUUAGGGUUUGGAAACAAACAGCUGAAAUCAGAGAGAAAGAAAGAGAAAAAGAAGCCUGAGCUACAGUGUGAGAUGGAAAAUGAACUUCACAGGGAUAUCGAGUUGGCAGAUGGUCCAGACAGUGGUUUGCAAAACAGAAAUAACCCAAAAACACCACCAGACAUUUAUGAUCAAGUGAAGUUUGAAUCAAGAAAUAGACCCAGCCCUGUUCCAUGUUCAGCGAAAGAUACCUUUAUGACAGAACUUCUGAACAGAGUUGAUAAGAAAGCAGCUCAACAGACAGAAAGUGGAUCAAAUAAUCUCUCCUGUAGGAGUGUGUUAAAGGUCAGCUCCCAGGGCUCCUGUCUCACCAGCAGCUCUCUCAGCACUCAAGGAAACCACAAGAAAAACAUCAAAACCAAAGCAGAUAUGGAAAAACCGAAAGGCUCCCUGGUAAGAGAGGCAAAUGAACACCUGCAAGAGGAUGAAGAAGAUACAGUUGCAGAUUCUGCAUUUCAGAGCCAUACCAUAGAAACAAACUGCCAGAUGAGGACCCUGGACAGUGGGAUUGGAACCUUCCCACUCCCAGACUCAGGAACUCGCGCAGCGGGACGGUACAUACGCCAAGCAGACUCCCCUGAAGACACUGACCCCAUCCUGUCUCUCCAGCCGGCCCUUUGUGCAGCCUCUUCCAUGAGAGCCCAGACCCUUGAAAGAGAAGUGCCUUCCUCUGCAGAUAGCCAGGGCUCUGCAGACAAUGCCAUUGUUCACUCCACAUCCGACCCCAUCAUGACUGCCAGAGGGACACGACCUCUUCAGAGUCUCCUCCCCAAACCAGCCUCCUCAGGAAAAAUCAAUUCCCAAAUGAAGAGUGAAGCCGAGCCAAGGUCUCAAAAUUGUUCAUCAUUCGAAUAUGUCGAAAACACAAUGGCAAGCAAGCCACUUCCAGCCUGGGAGGGUGAUGAUGCUGCUGCAGAGACCCAGAUAACACUGUGUUCUUGUAACUCAACUGCUUCUGCCCAUCUGCACCCUAACUCUCAAGGUAAGGAUUCUCUGCCCUGAUGAGACAUUGUGGGACUGUCAUUCACUCUCCCAAACCGUAAUAGCACCACUUAGAAUGAGUUCAUGAUUAUUUUUUCAUUAUCUUAUCAGUUACAUUAACUUUACCUUGCACCUAUGAGACAGGUAAAGCAGGCGUGAUUAUAUUCCCUUUAGGGAUUAAGAAACUGAGGCCUGGAGUGGUCAAAUGACUUGUUGGGGUCAGUGAGACACGUGUUUCUUCAAUCCCUGUCGUUUUCACAGUCCUUCGUCCUUCAUCCUCCCUGAGAUGGCACACACACAGGCCUCCUGGCACGUGAUUGGACCUGUGGAGGAGCUCAGGGCUCAGGGACUCGAGUCUUCUCCAGGAGCUACAUGGUAUUUCCUCCUUAGCACCCUCCCGCUUACCUCUUCCAACUCAUUACCUGGGCCAAAUUCAGCUUGUACACGAUUUCUCACCUUGUCCUUGGGCUGGCCAACUCUGGGGUCUUUGGUGGUGCCCGCACACAGUGAGAAGAGAGGGUGGAAGGACAUAAGAGUCAAUCACCAGAGCUUCCUGGCCCUUCCUUGACCCUUCCUGCUUCUGCCACCUCAGCUCUCCCACUCCUGGCAUUAGGAGGCCCCGUUACUAUUUCUAUUAGGGUUUCUACCCAACCAUGAUGAGCAAAUACCAGAUUAGCCCACAUCAGAGAUCCCACAUAGCCAGUGUGGUGGAGCCUUCUUUCAGCCUUUAACACCUCAGUAUGUAAAUGAGAACCUGGACAAGUAGGGGAAAUGAUCCCCUGGGCCCAUAGCCUCAAUGUACAGCAGAGGCCACCAGCUCCAGAGAUGCUGGACUGCAUCAGGGUCCAAAGGAAAGUUGCUAUGGCCCUAAGAUUAGAACUCAGCCCUCUGAAUUCCAUGUCCAGCACUCAGAACAGGGAUCUGAAAGGCAAAGGAGUAAACAAGUGUGUUUUGUCAUGCCUUAAUCAGACACAGAAAUGUUAGGCUUUUCUCAGUUUCCUCUAAAGCAGUAGCUGCCACAUGUGAGCAGACAUCAGAAUCAUGUGGAGGGCUACACGUGAUGUGUAUCCUGCUGCCUGCACCCAGAGUCCAGUUUGGUAUAGAUGGGGUGAGAUCCAAACACUUCUAAUAAAUUCCCAGGUGACGCUGAUGCUGCCGGUUCACAGAACACACUUUGAGAAGCAAUGCUUUAAGGACUCUGUGCUUGCUUUGUGGAACUAAAAAAUUUAUAAAACUCUAAAAGACACCCAGACUUGGAGGGGAAACAGUUCAGAAACAAUAGGCAGUGAUAGUGGCAAAAGGUUCAAGCAAUUCCAAGAAAGUAAUAAAAACAAACAAAGAGGGGGUGUCAUUCAGUGCUGGCAGGAGGGAGCCUCUAUGAAUAUUCAUGUCCCCAACACACACACACCUCUCUGGGGUUCCUUCCUCAUCAUCCUUCACUAGCUCAGUCCACUGGAAAUCCUGCAUGGUCUUGUAAGAGUCAUCACUGGGGCUUGGAACUCAUAACUCUGCUUCAUUGACUGCUAGGGAGGGAAAGUGUAAAGUAUGGGUGAGCUUUAUAUUUCUAGUUCCAAGUACAGUGGUUGGUUCCAUUCAUGUCUCUUGAAUAGAGGAAUGAAAAUGCAUUUCAUCAUAUCCAGCUUCCUGCCGGAACUCUAGACACGGGCCUCCCUUGGAACCACUGCUGUAGACCUGUCAUCCUUCAUAAAUGUCAUCCUUGCUAGACCACUGAUAGCUCCUGGAUUGAGCUCUGUACCCCCAGAACCUAGGAUACCACUUAGCCUACAGUAGGUACUACGAUGCUUAGCACAGAAUCUUUGGAAUGGGUGGAUGAAUAAUUAAAUGAAUGAAGGAAUAAAGGAAAUGAGUAAUUGCUUGGAUUCAUAACCCUAGAUAAAGGAGCUUACAUCCUAAAAUAUGUUUUUAUCAUUUCUGACCAAAUGGCACCCUCCCAAACAGAUUUAACUUUAGAGAUACAUCCCACACAUCUGUGCAUAAACUACCUGGGGUGGGUGUAAAAUAAUCAGUCCUAAGAGGGCAGUCUGCAAAUGUAAAAGAAAGCCCCAAAUACUCUUGAUUCUACACAAAGGGGUUGAGGUCUUAGAUACCAGUAUUCUGCUUAUGUGCACAGUGUGAAAAACCAUCCAUACAGUUUGAACAACCUCAACAGUUCCUGAACUUGGCUUUAUUGCCAUAACUGUGACUUCCUCACCGGUCAUGUCAUAUGUUCACGUGAGCAGGAGAGGAGACCGAUUCCCUUGACCUGUGAACUGUUAGUAGAUUCAGUGAUUACGUAUAACCCUAUAGAGCCAGCGAUUGUGUACUUCCCUAAAGGCUUUUAGUAUUUCAGGGCCUGGAAUAAAAUUAUGUAUUGGGCAAACAUAUAUUCUUUUGUUCCCAAGGUUGAUUAUCGUCAUACUCUCUGAUACUUGAAAGCUCGUGGUGAGAUCAGCUAGAUAAAUAAGCCAUUAGGCUUGGGACAGCAGCUCUAAUGGGCACUUGAGAAAAAUAAGAUGCCAUAAAAUAGUGUACAAAAUGCAGAGGGGACUGCAGUGGGGACUGUCCCAUACCUGGACAGUGGCAGCAUAUGGCUUCAUCAGCACACUCCCAUUUCUGCAGCUCUGAUAACCUAAUAAAAGGCACCAAUUCCACGUGAGACAGAUCAACGGACCAGGCAGUGAGGGUGGGGUGAUGGGGACAGAAUUCUGUGCACAGACCAACAGCCAGAUAU